AUUCUUCGUUGAAUCAAACAUCAUUUAUAAUUUUGAGAAUUAUCCAAAUUUUAUUUUCAAAGUUUAGGGUAUUUAGCCUACCCAACCGCCGUUAAAAUCCACCCAGCUCUGCUUCUUUGCCGGACAUCCAAAUAUUCCAUUAGGAAAACCACCAAACCGAAAUGCCGUGUAGGUGCGGAAGUCAUUCGACCAUUCGCGACGACCAGACGGGCGACCUCGUCUGCUCCAAAUGCUACACCAUCCUCGAUUUCGACAACUACGAAGCCCAAAUCGGCGGCAUCACCGGUCCCACAGGCACCAAUAUCCACAUCGGCUACGCAGGUACCGGUUCUCUCUUCUCUUACAAAGACAGGAAAAUCUACCAAGCCAAAACCUUAAUCCACGAAUUCGCCUUGAGGCUUGACAUAACUUAUUCUGAAAGCGACAUUACUUCUAUGAUCGAUGAGAUCACCGAUGGGGAAUUCGGUGAAGGCGAUUGGUUUAAUGUUCUAAUCGGUGCUUGUUCUUAUGUUGUUAUGAGGAGAGAUAAGAAGUUUUUUCCCGCCGCCGAGGUUGCCAAGGCUGUUGGUUGUGAUAUUUAUGAAUUAGGUAGGAUGAUUGCUCGUGUCGUUAAGUUUCUGAAAUUGAGUUUGCCUGAGAUUAGUAUCGCCGGUUUGUUUGAAAGAGAAUUCAAUAAUUAUAUGAAUAGGAAAAAUGUGGCUGAGGAUAAGAAAGAGAUGAUGAUGAAACAAGGGAUUUUUUUGGUCAAUUGUGCUGUCAAGUGGUCUUUGACCACAGGAAGGAGGCCUUUGCCGGUGGUGGCAGCAGUGAUGGCGUUUGUUGCCGAGUUGAAUGCGGUGGAUGGUUUGAAGAUCGAGGACGUGGCAGAGCAUGUUCAUGCCGUGGUGUCUACUUGUAAGUUGAGGUAUAAGGAGCUCUUGGCCGCACUUGUCAGGGUUGCUCAAGUGUUGCCAUGGGGUAAAGAUAUUUCAGUGAAAAAUGUGGUCAAGUAUGCACCAUUUGUUAUUCAGUAUAUGGAGCUAAAGUCGAUGGAAGUGCCUGGAGGAGGAGGUGAGAGGGUUGAGCCUUUUGAUAUGGAAGAUGUGAUUAGUGAGUGUUUGCAAAAAGUUGCUGCAUAUGGGAAUGAUGAGAACCUUUCAAAUGGUGAUUCUCAAUAUUUUGAGGUAAGGAAUAGAAGUGAUUUUCCUACAUUAUCUAGUGAUAAUGAUGGAAAUAACCUUAAGCUUUCACAUGAAUGCUUGUCCUUGAUUUAUUCAACGUUUUCAAACGAGGUUGAUGCUGAGAAGUUGAAUGGACAAAGUGGACAGAUUCAUGUGCGAAAGAGGAGGGGGCUCGAGCCAUAUACAUGUCAGGAUUGGUGGAGUGGGAAAUCAGAAUUAAGUAAAAAGCUUCUUCUAAAGCAAAUUUUGGAAAAAGAAGUAGGUUUUGAUAUGAUGCCACCGUCUUUUAUUGCCGGUUGCAAGGCAAAUGAGAGGAGAAGGCAAAAGAUUAAAGCCGCUAAGGUGCGAAUCAAUAAGAUAGUGGAUCCAUCCUCUGCUGGUUCAGAUGGUAGUGACAAUCUUAACUCUUCAGAAGUUGCUUGUGGUGGGAAGAAGAGAAAGAGAAGACAAGCCAGUGAAAUUGAUUGGGAAGAUUUUGUUAUUGAAGCCCUCCUUUUGCAUCGGGUUAAAGAAGAAGAUAUCGAGAAAGGGCAUUAUCGAGCUUUGCUAGGUUUGUAUGUCUUUAACUCUGGGACGAUAUGAGAGCUUUUAGUCCAGAAGACAUGUCUGAGAAUCUUGCUUCUUCCUUGGACUAACUGGAUUUUUGUAUAGAUUGUUUUGUCCACAUCUGUAUUUUUAGCUUUUUACAGCAACGUGAAACUUUUUGAUGGAGGUACUAUUGAUAAAAAUAGAAGGGAAAUUUUGGGGCAGAUCUUGAAUUUUAACUCUUUAACUGGGAAGAAAUCCAGUCACUUAUUUCCAUUUUUAGUGUACCUUUUACUUUGUUUACAGUAUUUCUAAUAGGGAAAUUUGGUAUUUAGAUCUUUCAAAAAUAAUUUAAGACGUAAAGUUUCAACUGUAAAAUUAGAAGUCAUUUUUUAUGCUUGUAGGAAGUAUUUUGUGAUAGCAAAGUGAUAACCAACAGAAACUUCACCAACUAGACAAUGGUCCAAUAUUAUUAUAAAUAGUAAUUCACCAUGGUAAUCAAUUAAAAAUAAACUUCUCAAACUACAAAAUCUUCCAAGACAUAAGGGACCACAAAAGUAAACAUAAAGUGCUCAAAAUCUGAUGUAUGCUAUCCAUCUAACACGACAAGUAAUCAACCUAAAAGGCCUUUUACCCUACCAUCACCAAUUAUGGACUACUACAUAAACAAGUUGGGUUUGGAAGCCUUGUAUGUUGUCUUAAGCUUCCUAGUAGGUGGCCUGACCUUCUUGAA